UCGUGGGUCCGUUCCUUCUUGUCUCAGAUCAACCUCAGGAAAAGUAGAAAACACCUGGGAAGCCUCACACUUCGAACCUUUUCUCCAACUUCACACCCUCCCUCGACGAAUCAUCAAACCUUCUCCGUCCAAUCGCUUGGAUACCUGCCAUGCGCCGACCAACAAUCGCUGCGUCUACUUAAUACUGCUCCGUCUUCGUCUUCAAUCUUCUUCUUCAUACGCUCCUUCAUUCACGUCUCUUUCGACGCUGAAUGCUCGUGUGACUAUUCUACCACGACUUCACGUUUGUCCUUGGUCCUUGACUCAGUGCUCCCUCUCAGAUACACGUCUCCAUCACCCUGCGUCCUCGACUUUCCAACAUCUCUUGAGGGUUCCUCUUCGUCGACAACAAUGGCCAAAGAUCUGGAUCUCCUGGUUCGAGAGAUACUGGUGGUGAAUUCCACAGAUAUUCCCCACAAAGGACCUCAUGUCACCAAAGUGCCCCUCCAGACAAUCUCGAAGUUGGCGCCCUUUAGUGCACUCAUCAUCAGCAUUAUAUUCGUCGUCUACUUCGUCGUACGAUUCUACGUCCUCGAAGGUUUCUUGCUGAGGAGAUUAUAUGGAGAGACGUACACACGGAUGGACGAGACAACAAGAAGAGGCUUUGUCAAUCAUCAUAUCGCCGGCUCGACAAAACUGUUGAUAUUGGUCCUUGCUGCAUAUCCCUUUGUUGACGUUGCGUUUGGGACUGCCAAUUUCCAUACACCAUUCGCAGGUUCCCACUACGUUACCAUGGGGGAUGUUCUGAUUAUCGUUGCCCAAAUGCUCAUCGCGAUGUAUGUCUUCGAAUUAUUUUAUCGACCAAAGAUCUCCCCUGUUAGUGUUGGCCACCACAUUGGCACCAUCAUGAUUGGACAAUCGGCCAUUGCGAUCAGUUUAAAUUUAGUGCGGGAAAGGGAUGCUACAAUUGAGUUCAUUCUCUGCACAGUAUGGGGUGCCUUCGACAUUGUCUCCGAAUUCCUCCCUCACAUCUCCAUCAUUCUCUACCGCGUGUAUCCCAACGAGCACAAAUUCCUCUACAAGAUUUUCCGAAUCUGCUGCGUCAGUACACUGAUUGGGACGACCGCGGAAACUGCUCUAACAAUGUACUUGUUCGGAGUGCUAUGGUAUGAUUGGACAAUUGCCUUCAAGAUCACAACACCAAUGCUUCAUGUCCUGUUCGCCUCGGCGCAAUUAUGGGGGAGCUACAAUUUCUACAAGAUGUUCAAGAAGCAAGAACGUAUUAUCCUCCGACUGGACGGGAAAUCAGGGGACGAGGAAGCUGCACCAAAGCCAGAACAGGAUAAUACGAGACAGGAGCAGAUAUUCAUUUCCUCCAUGGACGGGGAUAGAUCUGGACAGCCAUCUCGAGACGGGUCCGAGGUGGAGUUAACCGUCAACCCAACACGAUGAGCCGCAUCAUAACGGCGGCGACUUUCCUUUUGUUUAACUCCCAAGCGUUGAAAUUACGACAUAGCGAUGCAUCAGCGACG